AUGGUCAUGACUGAUAUGAAACAAGAGCAUAACAUGUACGGGGAACAUGUCUCCACUAUAUUUGGAGGUUGUAGCUCUCAGAUUUUCCUUUCUUUCUCAACAGGUGUUGUUUCCUUCAGAUAUCGUAAAAUCAGAAGAAUGAAUCACUGCAGGAUCCAACAAAACACUAACUUUUCAUCUUUUGGUAAUGGAGAUCAUGUCGUUUGUCCGAAGCCUCGACGACUCAACCUCUUCGACACCUCCAUGAACGAGCCUGUUCGACCUUUAAGAUGGCUCAUGUGCAAUCAACAAGAAACUUAUGAGUCUAAAGCAGGACCUGAGCUUUUAGACCUCAUCUUCGCAAAGGGUGGUGGUUAUGGUUCAUCGGAGCAAACAUGUACACAAGCAGCCGCCUCGUCGCCCCCUUUUUUCUGUGGGUCACCGCCGAGCAGAGUUUCUAACCCGUUAACACAAGACGCUCGAUUUGGAGACGACAAAUUCUCCCCAAUCUCACCGGAAUCAGUGAUUCCACCUCCCAAUUCCGGUAUCCAAUCUUCCUCUCCAUCAUCCUCCUCCCGGAAACCGGGAUUCCUCCGUUCCAAUUACACCAACAAACCGGCGGUCAGAAUCGAAGGGUUUGACUGUCUUGACAGGGAUAACCGCCGCAAUUGCAGCAUCCCUACUCUCGCCUAAAUCAUACUUUCUUCAUCAAGUACAUACAAAAACAGAUCAAAAUCAAGUAUUUCAAAAUUACAAGAGAAGAACACAUCGAGUAAGUUGGUAAUUUAAUUUUUAGCUUUUCUAAAGAGGAAUUUUGCUCAAUUUGGGUAUAACCUUUAAUGUAAAUAGGUUUAAGAAGAGAGGGUAUUUGUCUGUAUGUAAGUAAGUAUAUUUAGUGAGUUAUUAACAAAAAAAGAAAUAAUGUUUAGGGUUAAGAUAAUACAAUAUCCUUCUGGUGAUAUGAUUUGUAAGUAUAAAUUAUCAGUCGAAGGGAAUUUUCAGAGUUUAU